CAACCGAACCGGUGGGGGGGACGUGAGUACUGAAAAUGGCGCUAGGCCCCAAAAAGCUCAAGAGGCCAAAAAUAAACGGCGAGUCUUGCGGCCGGCGGCAAUUGUGAACUGUUUGUCUUGCCUCACGAUCCAAUUUGCUGAAAAAAAGAAGCCCCUCAACUUUCAGAAGGAUGUACAGCACCAAGAAACGAAAUGCUGAACAUUCGUAGCUUGCGCGCCAGAUUGAGAAAACUGAAAUCUGGAGAUGUGUGUGGGUUGAAAGCCAAAGAAGGAAGUAUUGUGGCUGGACUGUUCAUGUUGAUGGUAUCCAUCAUGCAGCUCAUUUUUGAAGCGGGGCAUUUUCGUUACUUGAGGCCUCAGGUUAUUUCUAGCUCCAUGAAUCAAAUUACCAGACUUCAAAUAUACAGCAUCAUAUCAAUUAUCUUUGUCUGUCUCACUGUGAUCGCAAUUAUUGUCUUAUUCCUAUCUAUCUGGAAGGAGGUGUUCUGGGGAGUAGCAGGCUACAUCAUUUGGAUAUUCUCAUAUGAGAUUGUACAGAUUAGCCUCCUGAGUUUGUCACUGCCUGAUCAAAAUUGGUUCCCAAGCAGUGUGCGUGUGUUGCAAUGGUUUGGGCUCGUCACACGUCUGCUUUCGCACAUUUUCUGGAUGAUUUUUGUGACUGCACAUGCAAUCGAAUUGUACAAAACCAUCAGGAACACUGAUGAUCCCGUGAAAACCAAGCGGAAGACUCCACCAAAGCUCAAAUUUGCAAAAGUUAAGGAACUGGGUGUGUAAUCGUGCCCCACAGUUUGUGUUGUCAGGUGACAUUCCUUCUUCGACCAAAGAAACGUUCCUCCAAGCCAUAUUGGGCUUCCUCCAGACUGUCGUCCCACAGACAGUGAAGGCCAGGUCCGCUCCUUUCAGAUGCAAGUUGACACAAUGGCAUCCUUACGAAAGGUUAAACCUGCAAUGCCCACAAAUGUCCAGGAUUUUAACCUAUGGUGGAUUAUUGGGAUGCCUAUUAAAUAUGUUAAAAUACGUGUAAAUAUGGAUGUAUAUUGUAUAUUUUACAGCACUGUCCAGACCGAUAAGGGUACAAUAUAUUUUUGAUUUUUUUAAAAUACCGUACUGAUCGAAACAUUUGUAUAUAA